AUGCCGGCUGCAGUUUGCGACUUAAAUAUAUCAGAUACUCAGAGAGGCCUCAUCUAUUCUAUACCACCUGUAGGUAUUGUUUUAAUGUUAUUCCAGUGGGGAUACUUGGUAGACACUAAAGGCAGGAAGAAGGUCAUCACAUGUAGCUGUUUGGGUGCUGGAAUAUUUAGCACAGCGUCUGCAUUUAUGCCGGAUCUAAUAAGCUUUGCGAUUUGCAAAUUUGUGACUGCACUGUGCAUGGGUUGCGCUUUAAUUGUGCCAAUUUCAUAUGUUGCUGAAAUUCUACCAAAGGAGUACAGAGACCUGGCAGUGACCGUUUUCACUACCAUACAAUUAUUGGGGUCAGGAUUUGUGCCACUUCUCGCGUGGGGAAUACUAAGUUUGGACUUCAGUGUAGACUUCGGAGCAUAUUUUUUCCGUCCUUGGCGUCUUCUUGUUAUUGUUUACGCUAUGUUUUUCUUGAUAGCAUCCGUCUUUUUGUUUUUUGUCCCUGAAAGUCCUAAAUAUUUAGUGGCCGUAGGAAGAAAUGACGAGGCACUUAAUGUUGUGCGAGGUAUUUACAUAAAGAAUAAGAAAAAACGGCCUGAAGACUUUCCGAUUAAAGAUCUUGAUGAGAAUUAUGACAGUAAAAAAGAAAGCUUCCUUACAUCUUUAAAAGUACAGAGCUUACCAUUGUUGAAGCCUCCUUAUUUAAAAUGGUUGCUGCUUAAUGCAUUCCUGCUCUUUGGUGCAUAUUCAGUGUUAAGUGGUCUCUAUUCGUGGAUACCUGAUAUAUUGAACCGACUAUUGAUAGACGAUGGCGAAGGUCAAACCGCAUGUGAUGCUUUCCAGUCCAUUAGUCAGGCAGUUGAUGAUGACGGUGGCGAUGUAUGCAACGACACUAUAGACCGAACAACUUUUAUAAUAAGUACAAUAGCUAGUUUUAGUAGUUUUGUACUCGCCAGUUUAAUCGGUAGUACGGUCAAGUUUAUUAAUAAGAAGAUAGUACUAAUAUUAGUGCUCAUAGGCGUCGGCACCAUUUGCAUAGUUAUCACAUUAAUAACUGAGGUUAUACCGUUUGCGGUGAUGCUGCCCUUUAUUCAAGGAAUAAAUGUAGUCGUUGGACUCGUUACAGCUUUUUCAGUGGACAUAUUUCCAGUAAAUUUGAGGGGUAUGGCGGUUUGUUUGACAAUGGUGGGUUCUGGAUUGGGCACGGUCUUUGGGGCUAACAUAUCAGCUUUGCUUCUAAAUACAGCCUGCAAUGUUACAUUUUAUUUGCUUGGAGGUUUACUUAUUUUUUGUGGGUUUCUUGCCUUAUUACUUCCUAAGUCUUAA